GCUACUUAUUUCAUUGGUGAAUAAACUAUGGUGAAAAAUAAUAAGAUACCCAAUUUUAGAGUUCUAUACACAUAGAAAUAUUUUAAAAGAGAAAAUAUUGUUAAAUUUGAUAAAAUUGAGAAAAUAAUUGUUGAAAAUGUAAGUUCUAAAAAAGAUUGUGUGCUUGUAAAAUACAUUAACACAGGCCGCAUGCGUAGUAAAAAAAGUUCAAAUGUCAUUCUUUGGAUGAAUUUGUUGAAGGCUCUAAAGCGCUAAACCAUUAAACAUUUUUCAUUUUCAUUCUUCAAAAACCGUUGUUAACGUCAGUAUUAUAGAACUUUUCCGAUAAUUAUUCUAGAACCGCAUUGUUAAUAUCUUCCAGUGGCUACAGUAAAUUAAAGUGUGAUCAAAUGGCCUCACCAGUAGAUAUUUCGCCCAAUAAAGACGGCGGCGUGUUGAAAGAAAUAAUCCAGGAAGGUACUGGAGAGGAAUUACCACCCCAAGGAAGUAAAGUUACAGUGCAUUACACCGGCACCUUGACUGAUGGAACCAAAUUCGAUUCGAGCAGGGAUAGGAACGACCCGUUCCAAUUUGAUUUGGGAAAAGGUAAUGUAAUCAAAGCAUGGGAUAUUGGUGUAGCUACAAUGAAGAAAGGAGAGCGGGCCAUGUUGACAUGUGCCCCUCAAUACGCUUACGGUGAAAGCGGAAGUCCUCCAACUAUUCCUCCAAAUGCUACUCUCAAAUUUGAUGUUGAAGUAUUAAGCUGGAAAGGAGAAGAUCUGAGUCCAAAUAAAGAUGGAGGAAUAGAGAGAAUCCAAGUCACUGCGGGCGAAGGCUAUUCGACUCCUAAUGAUGGUGCUCAAGUUGAAGUUCACCUUAUUGGAAAAUAUGAUGGUAGGAUUUUUGAUGAGAGGGAUGCAGCUUUUGCUGUUGGAGAAGCAUCAGAAGCUAAUGUAAUCUCAGGCAUUGACAUAGCCAUACAAAAAUUCAAGAAAAAUGAGACCUCUAGACUUAUUAUUGGUCAUAAAUAUGCCUUUGGAGCUAAUGCUUCACAAGAAUACAACAUUCCAGCUAAUGCCACAGUAGAAUAUACAGUUACCCUAAAAAACUUCGAGAAGUUGAAAGAGAGCUGGUCACUUGAUUCCGAAGAAAAAAUCGAGCAGUGCAAAUUAUUUAAGGAAAAGGGAACUAACUACUUUAAAAAUGGAAAAUAUGAAUCUGCUGUGAAGUUGUACAAGAGGAUACAUUCUUAUUUGGAGAAGGAUACUGAUACUGACACCCAAGAAGACAGAAACGCCCUGCUUCUAGCUUCACAUUUAAACAUCGCCCUAUGUCAAUUGAAGCUUAAAGAGUACUUUGAAGCUCGUUCAGCUGCUACAUCUGCCUUAAAUAUCGAUCCUGACAACGAAAAAGCUCUCUUUAGACGAGGACAAGCGUACAUUCAGUUACGAGAGCCCGAGUUAGCUAGACAAGACUUUACAAGGUGUUUGGAGAUAGAUCCGAAUAACACAGCUGCUAAAUCUCAACUAACCAUUUGUUCGAAAACAUUGAAGGAACAACUACAGAAAGAGAAGAAGAUUUACGCCAAUAUGUUCGAUAAAUUCGCCAAAAUGGACACGCAGAGGGAAGAAUUCGAGAACAGAAAACUGCCCAAUGUGAUGAGCUCUGUCGGUGAAUGGGGCCAGGAAGAUAGAGAAAGAGAACCUAGCGAAUUUGAAAAGGAAAACCCUGACAUUAUACUACUAAACAAGACUGGCGAGUUUAAAGAUAUGUAAAACUUUUGUAUGUAUUCCAAUAAAUUUAUUUAAAAUC